AUGAAGGUGCUACAGCUCAACCUCAACCAUUGCGAGGCUGCACACGACCUGCUCAUGCAAACGGUGCGAGAGCUGAAGCCUGACCUGGUUAUGAUCUCGGAGCCAUACCGACAUCUUGACACCCAAUCCUGGAUUACUGACGCCAGCAAGAAGGCUGUAAUCUGGGCUUGUAGAAAUCAGCCAUUUCAAAGUAUCACCGGCGAGGGUAUACAUAAUGGGUUUGUGAAGGCUAGGGUUAGCGGAAUUUACUUCUACAGCUGUUAUGCUCCCCCGAGCCUCCCCUUGGACGAAUUCACUGACUUCCUGGACGAAUUGACCGAGGAUGCGAAUCGGCACUUUCCCGUGGCAAUAGCUGGGGAUUUCAACGCCUGGGCAGUUGAAUGGGGAAGUAGGGAGACGAAUCCCAGAGGGCAAGCCAUACUGGAAGCCAAUUCUGACCACUGCGCGAUUCUGUGGCAGGCAAAUAUUGGCCAGAGAACCGCCCUAACACCAAAGAAGACCAACGGCAUUGGCUGCAGGGUGAGCACUUUUGAUCCUAGCUCCUAUUCAGCAGCGUUGGACGAUCGCCCGAUCAGUGAUAGCAAUGCCACUGAAAAGGCACAAAAUGUCAUGAAAAGACUGACGGAAGCCUGCGAUGCAACCGUGACCAGAAAGCGGGCUACAAACCGGCACCCACCGGUGUACUGGUGGAAUGAAACCAUCGCCACCCUGCGAAAAGAGUGUAAUGCAGCUCGGAGACGGUCGCAGCGUGGCCGCAAGAAGCCGAACUCCGAGGAGUUGCAGACAAGAUAUACGGAAGCACGCCGAAACCUCAGCAAGGCCAUCAAGCGCAGCAAAAAGCAAUCUUGGAGGGAACUCCUUGCUGAGGUAGAAAGCGAUACGUGGGGUAGACCAUACAAGGUGGUGAUGUCGAGACUGAAUAGUCAGCCAAUGCCGUCACCAACGUGUCCUGUACUGAUGGAAAAAAUCGUCACGGUGUUGUUCCCGCAACAGCCAGAACUUCAUCGCACAGACGAAAAAUGGAAAUAG